AUGGCAUCUACUGUUGAAGAGAAUGGGACACAAUAUGCAAGUAAUGGUACACAGGAGUGCUCUGAAGAACAGGGAGAGCUAACAGCAAUGCACAAUGUGAGCACAGCUAUUCAGAAAUAUGCUCUUGAAGCUAUGGACAUGUCACAGUUGGAGAAAUUAAGACUUAAAGAGGAGUGUGAAAUAUUAAAGGAGUUUGUCAGAAAGAUUAUGGAAUAUGGUGGUGAUAAUUAUCAUCAAAUAAUAGAGAAAGGAGGUUUGACCUCACUUCAACAAAGAGUGCAGGAGAUCAUAAAAUCAUCUGAAGACACAACUCAGAGGCAAAAUGUUUCAGGUGCAAGGUUCAAUGCUCUCAAGGACACAGCAACAGUUCAGUCUGAUUCUCAUGUGAGCAAUCAGUCAAAGAAAUGGGAGCAUUCAGAGGCCAGACCAGCUCAUGGAGUGACCAAUGCAUUCUUAGCAAGACACUCUGAAGACAAACAUCUUCAUGAAAGUCUGUAUUAUAACAAAGCAGAGGAGAUGUUGGCGAAGGAUAUGGAUAGCAUGGUGAAAAUGAUUGACUCCAACAAAGCAAAACCAUACCUUGGUGACUGCCAGCUUGCUGCCAUGUCAGAUCCAUAUUACCAACCAUAUUCUUCAGCAUUUCCUCUGCCUAACUCAAGCACCAUCUUGACCACAAUUGGCAAUCAUUUGGCCUCUGGAACCUAUAGAGAAGGAAACGGUGCUGGUGAUUCUUCAAGCUCUUGCAUAACAUCUGCUGCUAAUACAGGAAGAGAUCAUGAUAAAAGUUCUGUCCAGUCAGGAGGUUCAGUAUUAAAUGGAAAUUAUGGCACUGAAUCAGUGGAGUCCACUGACGACUCCUUGCAUGAAUUGGAACAGGGUGUGGAAGCAUGUGCUAUGCCUAGAGGAAGAGAAGAGAGAGAAGAGUUUGGCCAAGAAAUUAAAAGAAUAGAGCGUGAAAUACGAGCAAAAAGAGCAAAUGAAGAGAGAGAAAGUAAAGCAAGGGAGUCAGAGGAAGCCAGAAGAUUGCCUCAACAGCAGUCUUUGUGGCUUUGCGAGCAUUACCAACGUUGUUGUAGAGUUUGUUUCCCUUGCUGUAAGAACUUCUAUUCCUGCCAUCGUUGUCAUAACAAUUCCAUGAAAUGUGACAAGGAAGCUAGAGCAAGUCAUGCUACUCACCUUAAGUGCAGCUAUUGUAAUUAUGAACAAAAGAUUGGUGAAGACAGUGCCAAGUGUCGUAGGUGUGGAAGAGAGAUGUCAGCAUACUUCUGCGCUAUUUGUAAACACUUCAUGAGCAUCGACAAUAAUCCAUACCAUUGUGAGAAAUGUGGAAUUUGCCGGCAAAAUAAAGACAAAUUAUUUCACUGUGAUGUGUGCAGUGUCUGUUUCAACAAAUACUCUCAAGGAAAGCACAAGUGCAGGGGAGACUCUGGCCAUGAUGAAUGUGGUAUCUGUUUGGAGGAUGUUUUUUACCGUGGAUUUGUGAUUUUUCCUUGCUCCCACAAGGUUCAUCAUGAAUGUGCCGAGGCUAUGAUACAGAGUAAAUCUAACACAUGCCCAGUGUGCAGAGACCCAUAUAGAGAGCGGCUCUUGAGGAAAAAGGGCACCAUUUUGUGA